UGGGCAGAGCGCCGUCACGAGCUGAAGGUGUCAUGAAACGGAGAAAACUCACUCCCAGGAAAGCAGAGGGCUAUUUAUACCAGCUCGCAUGGCAACAUAACAGACACCCGCUGGAUAAAUAAAUGAUUGUCGCGAAAAUGGCCAAAAACACGUCUCUUUAUUUUCGGAUUGUCGAGGGUAGGAACCUCCCGGCCAAAGACGUGUCUGGGACGAGUGAUCCUUACUGCAUCGUUAAAGUUGACAAUGAAGUUGUAGCCAGGACGGCAACAGUGUGGAAGAAUCUCAAUCCUUUCUGGGGUGAAGAGUACACGUUGCACCUCCCCAUGGGCUUUCAUUCACUGUCGUUCCUUGUAAUGGACGAAGACACUAUUGGACACGAUGAUGUUAUUGGAAAAAUCACACUGAGCAAAGAAGCUAUCGGGUCUCAAGCUAAAGGGCUCGAUAGUUGGAUGAACCUGACGAGGGUUGAUCCCGAUGAGGAAGUCCAAGGAGAGAUUCACCUGAGUCUGGAGCUCCUCAGGGACACUAAGAAGAGCAGCUUACGGUGCCAGGUCAUCGAGGCCAGAGACUUGGCUCCAAGAGACAUUUCUGGAACAUCGGAUCCUUUUGGAAGAGUUAUAUUCAACAACCACAGUGCAGAGACCUCGAUUAUCAAGAAGACCCGUUUCCCUCACUGGGGAGAAACCUUGGAGCUGGAGCUGGAUGCAGAGGAGCUGAGUGAGGAGGGGACUGUGACCGUGGAGGUCUGGGACUGGGACAUGGUGGGAAAAAAUGACUUUCUGGGAAAGGUGGAAAUCCCUUUUGCUUGUUUGCACAAGACACCUCUGCUGGAGGGCUGGUUUCGUUUGCUGCCCCUGGGAAACAAUGAGGCUGAUGCUGGGGUGUCUUACGGUUCUCUGUACAGCGGCAAGCUGGGAGCGCUGCGCCUGAAGGUGCGUCUGGUGGAGGACCGGAUCCUGCCGUCUACAUACUACCAGCCACUCAUUGAACUGCUGGUUGAGUCGGUAAUCUCCCCCACAGAGGUGGAAGACAGUAGUGCCCUGACCAUGCUGGAGGAGGUGACCACUGUGGAGAGCAGGCAGGAUGUCGCAAUGACUCUGGUGAAGAUCUACCUUGGACAAGGACUGGUGGUGCCGUUCCUUGAUUAUCUAAAUACCAGAGAGGUCAACCUUACGACUGAUCCAAACACCCUGUUUCGCUCCAACUCACUUGCCUCCAAAGCCAUGGAACAAUUCAUGAAGGCCGUUGGCAUGCUGUAUCUGCAUGAAGUGUUGAAACCCAUCAUCAAUCGCAUCUUUGAUGAAAGGAAGUACAUUGAGCUGGACCCAUGUAAGAUUGACCUGAACCGCACAAGACGGAUUUCAUUUAAGAGUGGAGUGUCAGAAGCAGAGGUUCGGGACUACAGCGUGGAGAUGCUGCAGACCUAUUUAAGCAGCAUCAUCGAAUCGAUCGUCAACUCCGUCGAUCAGUGUCCUUCGGUCAUGAGAGUGGCCUUCAAACAACUUCACAAGAGAGUGGAGGAACAAUUCACAGAGCCUGAAAAUGAGGAUGUAAAAUACCUGGCCAUCAGCGGGUUCUUCUUCCUGCGUUUCUUUGCUCCUGCUAUCCUGACGCCAAAGCUGUUCCAGCUGAGAGACCAGCACGCUGACACACGCACAAGCAGAACGUUGUUACUACUUGCCAAGGCACUGCAGAGUGUGGGCAACCUGGGCCUUCAGCUGGGUCAUGGGAAGGAGCAGUGGAUGGCACCUCUUCAUCCGAUCAUCCUCCGCAGCGUGGCCUCCGUCAAGGACUUUCUGGAUAAGCUGAUCGACAUCGAUCAUGAUAUCGUGUCUGCAGUGCCUCAGAGGGCUGUGUUCAUGCCGUCAGUGACAGUGAAGGAGGGAUAUCUACACAAACACAAAGCAGAGGGGCCACAGCUGCUGUCCCGCUUUGCCUUCAAGAAACGCUACUUCUGGCUGACCAGCGAGACCCUGUCCUACGCCAAGACAUCUGAUUGGCAGGUGCGCUCCUCAAUACCUAUUCAGCGUGUGUGUGCCGUGGAGAGGGUGGAUGAAAAUGCCUUUCAGCAGCAGAAUGUAAUGCAGGUCAUUACACAGGACAACGAAGGAAAGAUGAACACCAUGUACAUCCAGUGCAAGAAUGUGAAUGAGCUGAACCAGUGGCUGUCUGCCAUAAGGAAAGUCAGCAUCUACAAUGAGAGGAUGCUGCCUUCUUUUCACCCGGGCGUUCAUCGCAGCAGCAAGUGGACCUGCUGCCUGCAGGCGGACCGCGCUGUUACAGGCUGCAGCAGAACCCACUCUGCCGUAACUCUGGGCGACUGGAGCGACCCGCUGGACCCAGAUGUGGAGACUCAGAUGAUAUUUAAGCAGCUUCUCCAGGGCAGAGACAAACUCAGGAAAAAAUACCUGGAGCAGGAAGAAGCAGAUCAGACAUCAAGCAAUAAGGAAAAGAGGAUAAACCCUGAUAUUCACCCAGAUGGUGCUGAAUGCAACGCUCAGCAGAUGAAGCCUGGUCAGAGUGUCGCUGCUCGGCUGCUGGUGGUGAUAGAGGAUCUGGAGCAAGCUCACGCCACCUUCCAACUGAGAGAAAAAGAGGACGCCACUAGAGUCAUCCUCAAUCCCUAGGCUGCACGCGGCCUCUGAUCUAUUAACGCCUGAAAGGAGUGUAGGGCGUGAGGAGGAGGAGGAAGUUUUAGCUAAACACUCUCCAGACUGUCGCAGAGGAGAAGCCGCGGCCCUGUCCAGCUUUUUCCCGGCUAUAAGGAGCAGUGGACAGUCUUACGCUUUUUAAUCGUCUGUUCUGUCUCAAGGUCACAGAUGAGGAAGAUGAAGCCACACGAUAAUAACAGGAGGGGGACUUUGCAGCAUGAUAUAAUGUGAUAUUGUUUCUGUAGAUAAGAAGCACUCUGUUGCAUGGCUUGCCCCCUACUUGUGAAAUAUGGAAAACUUUAUAUUUCCAGAUAUUGUACAGGACUUUUUAUUUUUAUGCAAAAGGCUCAUUAUAGUGUAAUGUACAGUACCUAAAUGUAAGGUGAUUUAUGUCUUGUGUUUUGUACACUGACUGAGAGAUUCAUCGCCGAGGCAACUCUGUAGCAGUUAAUUUACAAUCACAGGUCAUUCCACUACAAGAUUAUUUUAAAAUGAGUCUAAAGGGAGCAGGAUAAGUACUGCUUUCAUGUUACCUUGGACCCAUUUUACAAAACAACAAGCUUUUGUUUGGUGCUGUAGCCAUUUAAUUAUAUAAAUUGAGCCGUGAUGUAUUUUUUUUUAUUUGCAUUUUUAGUUUCUUGUCCGUACAUUUGAUGUAGCCAUUUUGAAAUUUACAUGAGUUAUAAUUGAAGUGACAAGGCUCAGACAUGUUAGAGAUGCCAAAUUGGGUUUGACAAACCUGAACCGCUUAACUGAGAAAAAGAUUUCUGCAGAUUUACUGUUUGAAGAGCAGCCAUGAUCAGAUAUGUGAUUUGGAAAAAAACUCACCAGGUUUUAGAAAAUUUACAAUUUGAUUUGAUUUUCUGCCAAACAGGUGGUACCAUGUCUGAGUUUUUAUAUCCUUAUAUAUUGAAGUUUCUGGUUACACCAAGAAAAAAAUGUAGAAAAGAAAUUUUCCCUCAUUACAACCACAAACCUUAUUGUUUUUGAUUGUGAUUCUUUUAGGCUGAACAACACGUUGACUCGUGAUUGCCAGCCCCCAGAAUCUCUGCUUUUAUUAGCUUUAUAUUGACACAAACAUUUUUGUUCAUUCUUUGCAAAAAGCCUUUAAGCUCUGUGGGAAUAAUGUGUGAACAUCAGAUUUAGAAUCUAUUCUCAUAUUUUCAGUUGUUUUUAGGUCUGGACUGUCACUGGGGCAUUUUACCACACAGUCAUGCUUUGAUUUAAACCACUCCAUUGUACCUCUGGUUAAGUUUUUUGAGCUGCUUUCCUGCUGGAAGGUCAACCUCCAUCUGUCUCAAACUCUUUGCAAGCUUUCAUUGAUUUUCUUUCACAAAAGUCAAGGAUUUAACUCCAUUUUGCCAAACACUCUAAGAAGCUUUUCUAUCAUUGAUUAAGAAUAGCAUCGCCUGCAGCAUCAUGCUGCCAUUGCCAUGUUUCAGUGAGCAAUUGGUGUCUUUUAAAAAAAGGUGAUAUGCAGGGUUGGCUUUCUGGAUAACAUUGCAUUUUGAAAUCUGUUCUCCUUCGUUUUCCCCCUGAAUUUUGUGUUCUUUGUGUGGCAAAAUGGGACUUAAUUUGGCUAUUAAAUUAAAACUUUGUUAGAUUGCCAACUAAUAGCUGUCCUGUCAACAGAUUUGCACAUCUAAACUGUGAAUCUCUGCUGCUCUUUAACACCAUGGAGCUCUUGGAUGCUUCUUGGAUCCUUGUCUGACCUGUCAGUUUAGAUGGCCAUGUCUCGGUAGGUUGGCAGACGUGCCAAACUCUCUCAAUAUUCCUGUUCGUUUUUUUGACAAAUCUCUAAGGCCUUCAAAAAUAACUGGCUUUAAACUGAGAAUAGAUUGUCUUUUGUUGCAAUGAAGCCUAUUUCCAGAAUCCAAGUUGCUAUCUAGUUUGUGGUUUUAAGGUUACAAUUGACAAUGAAGUUUGUGGUUUUACUGUGAUAAAAAUGUGGAAAGGUUUAUGGGCACGAAUGUUUUUGCAGGACAUCAUGCGUACACUGUCAUAUUUCCAAGAGUGCAUAAAAUGUUCCAGGUCACGUUAUCUAAAACAAUAAGAAAAAUAGAGGUUUAGUGACAUUUUAAGAUUUUUAAAAGAUAAUCAUUUUAUUUUGCAUUUGAACACAGAGAGAGCCGAGUAUCAUAAAUAAAGUAUUACUUGGAUUUUUUAAAAGUCUGUCCACUGGGAAAUGGAUUUAACAAGAUUUUCAGAUUUGCAUAUCAUAAAAAGCCAUAUUUUCAAAGAAAUUCAAGCA